AUGUCCACACAACCACUUUUACCAGCAGAUAUUUCUGCUAUACCCACAGCUAACAAUGAUCCCAAUCGCUAUCUGACUAUACAAGCACAUGAUAUUGUUAUACCAUCUUACGCAUCUUGGUUUGAUUUUAAGAAUAUUCACCCAAAUGAAAUACGCUCUUUGCCCGAAUUCUUUAACGAUCGCAACAAAUCAAAAAACCCCACUACCUACAGAACAUACCGAGAUUUUAUGAUCAAUACUUACCGUAUGAAUCCCGUAGAAUAUCUUAGCAUCACAGCUUGUAGACGCAAUCUGACAGGCGAUGUUUGCGCAAUCCUUCGCGUUCAUUCCUUUUUAGAGCAAUGGGGGCUCAUCAAUUACCAGGUCGAUCAUGAUUCUAAACCAUCUUCUGUCAGCCCACCCUUCGAUAGUCAAUUUAAGGUGGUAAUAAUGAAAGAAGAGGAGCCAACAGAACCAGAGGAAUCCGAACAGCAAGUGAAGGACAACAAUAAAGGGAAUGGAAAUCAAAUCGAUGAAAAAAUAAAGGAAGAAGUGGAGAAACCUGUUAUCAAAACUUACAACUUUGAUAAGGAGAAAAAACCAGAAAAGUGUUCAUCAUGUGGGUCCGAGUGUAAGGCUGAACAAUUUUGUAGCACAACCCAGCCGAAUUUCUAUCUUUGCCGUCAAUGCUAUUUAGAAGGAAAAUAUCCUUCAACACAAAGUCCGCGAUCAGAAGUUAAAGAGGAAGAACAAUCCAUCGAAGAAGAUGAAGAAAAGUGGACAAAAGAAGAGGAGACAUUACUCAAAGAAGGGUUAGUGAAGUUCUAUAACGAUUGGUCAAGGAUUUCUGAUUACGUGGGGACACGUACUCCGGACGAAUGCCUAUUACACUUCUUAAAGCUACCCUAUAAUGAUCCUAUACAUGACAUUGAGAUCGAAAAACUCGGUCUCAUUAGCUACAGUAGUCUAAAUUAUGACAGAAAUCCAAUUAUGUCUGGUAUAGCUUUUCUAGCAUCCACAGUGCAGCCAGAAGUAGCCGCAGCCGCAGCCGACAUUGAAAUGGUGAAUAUCAAAAAAGAGGAGGAAGGAAAAACAAAAAAGGAAAACUAUACGACAGAAAUGCAUAUUUCAGAAGGGAAAUCUGAUGUAGACCACAAAGAUGAGAGUAAAGCAAAUGAAACUGAAGAACAACCAACUAUGUCGAUGAAUGACGACAAACAUUUAUGCAACCUUACAGCCACACUUUUUGGACAAAAGCUAGAAUCUUACAAACAACGUGUAUUGAAUUUUGAAAAACUGGAGAUUAUCGUUGAAGAGCAAAAACGACGAUUUGAGAAAGAGCAGCGUCAAAUCGGGUUGGAACAAAUAUCUUUCAAGCAAAAGAUAACCUCUAUAUACCAAAAGAUUACAGAACGAGGUAAUUCCGCUACGAUCAUUGCCAAUAGUAUCACUCCCGCACAACUUCAGCAGCAGAUGGUGGCGGGAACGAAUCCUGCUAUGUUACUGAACUCUCAGCAAGCUUCAGUGUCUCCACAUCAUCAUCAACGACAGCAGCAGCAGCAAUCGCCGCAAGCAUUGCAACAACAAUUGAUGCAGUUACAACAACAGAAAGCGCAGCAUCUACAGCAGCGUCAGCACCAACACAGUCCUAUGCAUGCCAAUGACACUGUGUACAAUAAUUUGAUGGAUCUAUAG